AUGUCUUUGCUGCUCACAAAGACAUGUGAAUAUGCGAUACUUGUAACCAUACAGCAAGGAAGAUCCUUUGCGAAAAAUGCAACAGUCAAAGUCGAAACUGAAUUAGACCUUAAACUACCACCUUCCAUCAACGACCUCAUACCACAGAACACCAUCAUAUCAACACCUGCAACGAAAUCUGAUGCAUCCGGCAACUGCACAUUCAAUCAAUCACUGGUUUAUUACGUUUCAUGGAAGCAAUUACAGCGAUUGCGAAAACUAGAUGCAACCACUACCUUGCAUGUGCACGAAAAUAAGCAGCGAUUCAACCUCACAUUCUCGAUAUCAGAGGCCAAAGAAGUAGUGCACCAGGCAGGACACAAACUGGAUCAGAUUUACAAAUUUGUAUCAGAUAAAGGCGCGUGGUGCUCUAUACAAAAUGCAACAGAAAACCAGCAAUUAAAGGCUGGCUUAUUUUACGUACAAAUGCCCGAUAACAAUAAUGCAGUUUCAGUAACCACGCCGUCCAUACAAUUAAGAUCUCCACCUCCUACUCCUAGCAUACCAAAAAGAGUGAGUACCAUGACGAGCAACAGAAGAAAGAAAGUAUUGUCGAUACUGGGAUCGUCGAGUCAUAGCGCAAAAUUACCAGACAAAAAAUCAACGACAGAAAAGAAAUCGACAUCCACUGCAGCAGCAGCAGCAGCAGCAGCAGCAGCAGCAGCACCACCACCAUCAUCACCACCACCAGUACCGCCCUUACCAGAAAAACCACCUUUACGAAGAGCCAAGUCGUCCCUUGUCGACUUGAACAUUGAAGAACUCUCCAACGUACUACAAAAAAUGAGCAUAUUCUCAACACCACCCACACCGCCACUACCACCAGAGCAUGCGUCCUACCAUCAAAUUGGUCAAGGAUCAUCGCAAUACACGUUUUAUUUCAAAGUUAUGUAUGUAGAUCAUAUCCAGUUGCAACAACAACAAACCAAAAAACAAUACAAAAAGCCAUUCAUUGCCUAUACAUUUCUGACAAACUACACAUUACUACCUGCUGCCUCAUUCUCAUCCUCCAAGUCCAACUAUUACACAACGAAAUCCGCCUAUCAAUUGAGAGGCCAUUUAGUCGAUAUCCAGCAUUGGCUAGAUGGACAUGGCGCCAUUUGCCUAGAUUACAUGUGGAUGGAUAAAUUCACCAAAGAGACAGUGGGUCAAGUCAAAGUACCACUGAAGGGCAUUGCGUUUGACGGCAGAGGCAUGUCAGACAAGGUGUGCCCUGUGGUAAGCAACGACACCACACACGAUAUCAUUGCCAGUGUCACUGUACGCACUGGACUUGUGAGCGGUUGGCACAAGGACGACUACUUCACCACACAACAGGAACAAGAAGAAUUAGCUAGUAAAAGAACUUCAUCCGCCUCCAAUUGGGAUACCAUGAUGAUGAUGAACAGUAAUAAAAAAUUUAGACAUCAUUCCCAAUCGUCUAUUCCUACACUAUCAACAACUACAUGCUCAACUAAAUCAUCUAAUGUGCCAUCUAUUCAUCUGAUACAACAAUCAAGACCUACAUCUCUCAACAGUACUAAAUCAAAAUCCUUUUCAAUUAGAAGAGGGCAAUAG